AUACAAAUUUCCUUACGUCUAACGUCAGCUAACGUCAUCCCUUUUGUACAACUUUUGUACCUAAUUGGAAAUAUUUGUUUUCCAUAAAUAGAUUGAAAAAAGUGAAAAUAUGGCUGGAUAUUCUGAGGAUCAGUUGGCAGAGUUUCAAGAAGCCUUUCAGCUUUUUGAUUCUCGUGGAGAUGGAAAAAUUCAUGUGGCGCAGAUUGGAGAUGCCCUGAGAGCCCUCGGUCAGAACCCCACUGAGUCGGAUGUCAAAAAGUGUACUCUCCACUUGAAACCUGAUGAGAGAAUUUCUUUUGAAGUGUUUCUGCCUAUUUACCAGGCGAUAUCGAAAGCUCGAAGCGGCGACACGGCCAAUGACUUCAUCGAGGGCCUCAGGCACUUCGACAAGGACGGCAACGGCUUCAUUUCGUCGGCGGAGCUGCGCCAUCUGCUCUCCACCCUCGGGGAAAAGCUCAGUGACGACGAGGUGGAGCAGCUGCUGCAGGGGCAGGAGGACUCGCAGGGCAACAUCAACUACGAGAACUUUGUGCAUCUCAUCAUGCAGGGUUGAUGCCAUCUCUCAUAUAAUAACAAAACUUUAAAUACUAUAUCAUUAAUUAUUAUAAGAUAUUAUAUUAACUUUAUAUUUGUAAUGUUUUUAACUGCAUUGUACUUAGAUGUUUUUACAAAACUUGUUUGUGAAAUGGGUAAUUAAUUCAUUUACAUUUUUAUCAGUGGCAUAACCGGAAUGCGUGUGACGAAACGCGCCUAUUCUUACCGUUUUGUUGAAGUCGAACAAAUAAUGUGACGUUGUAAUAAUU